GGGACACAGCAUGGCGAAUGGUAUGUGGACGCGCAUGGGGGCGUCUGGGUCGUCCGUGGUGAUUGCCCCAAAGACGAUAACGAAGGAAAUGGAGGAGAGAAUUCGAGUAAGCAUAGAGACGUUCAUGAAGAAGGCUAAACCAGACGAGGCCAAAAGCCUCAAGCUGGUUCGGCAGCAUGUCGAAAGGGCACUGUCGCUGAGCUUGACAAAUCACAAGGACGUCCUGAAGCGCCUGAUGCAUAUCAUUUUGCAGCGCGGACCAGCACCCGCACAACCCGAAGUCCCUGUCCGUCCAGAGAUCACAGUCGCCAAAACAAAAUCAACGUGGUGGAAGCAAGUCGAGCGGCGCGAGGCCAUGCUGAUGGGAUGUCACCGGUUGUUUCAGUUUGCCGUGGACCAUCCCGAAUGCAGUGUGGACGUGAUCCAGUCCUUGUCCGACUUGUCCACUGUCGUGAACGACCGAGAACUGUAUCAACUGCUCAACGUGUACGCCCGCCAAUUGGGAAGCGUGUUUGUUGGUCACGACAUGGUCCCAGAGUGGACACAGCACUCGCAGCCAUCUCCCCUACAAGUAUUGGAUUGCAUCGCGUCCGUGUACACGUUGGAGCGCAUUGGCGUGCAGCAUUCUCGCAGUGGCGAGUUGCGAGCUUUCCUAGACACCACGUCGUUGUAUUCCGCAGAGGACUACUUUGGGUGGAAUCCUGCGCUCGCGUGCCCAUCCACCGAUCCCGACCAAACGGCGUUCCUAAAGAUGUCCAACGCGCUGACGCUGCUGUCGUAUGCCCACGCCCUGGACGUGUCGCUCGGGUGCACGUAUGCUUCGGUCCUGCGCUGGCUGUCGUCCUUCUACCCGUACCAAGGACCGUCCGCGAUGGACGAAGUCGAGUACAUGGACCAGUGCUACCUUGUCUGUCGGGUCAUUUUGACUUUAACGAACUGGGGGGCGUUCGACAUUGCUGUGGAUCUCAUGCCGAACGAAUUUUACUUUCUCCAAGCCCAUCUGGACGUUCAGAUUGGCCGUGGCGACUGCCAUCUCAUCGGCGAGUUCACAAGGGCAUUGAAAUGCUUUGGGUCGAGCGUCGAUCGCGGGGUGGCAUUUGCGCUCUGCUAUCAGCACUCAUUCGUCCAACUUGAGGCAGAAUCUGUCGAUGAAGUCGUUCACAAAGCGACGGUGGCGCUAUUUGCGCUCAACGAGCCUCGAUUCCACGGGUAUGCCCCAGCGAUUCCAGACGCCCAGGUGCUUGCGAUCCUGCAGCGCAAUGCGUCCACCGAACAACAACGGCGCGCGGAAAACACUGCUACGUUCGAGUCGGAUUACAAGCGAAGCCAAAUGAAGCAAUCCUUGCGGAAACUCUUGGACAAGGCCGCAACGAUGGACGUGAAACUGAUACCACUCGACGAUAACCUCCAGCGCAUCCAACAGAAGCUAGAAAGCACGACAGAUGUGAAGACGCUCGACGCGAAGCUCGCGAUUUCGAUGCUCCAAUACCUCAACAAGAUGACGCUCACGAUGGAGGCACUCAAAGAGACCGGCCUCGGCAAAAGCGUCAACAAGCUCAGAAAGCACCCAGCCGAAGAGGUUGCCGCGGCAUCCCAAGCGCUCGUGGCGAAAUGGAAAAAGGAAAUGCUGGGUUAAGUGGCUGAUGAUGCCUUACUCAGUUGUCGUUAAAUGCCAUGACUACCUACGCGCAACGCUGACCAACUGCAUGCCACGCCAAAGGAUGAGUGGUCCACAUCAUGGACUGAUACAAGUGCUGUCCCAGCGCGACAUACCGCGCUAUCGCAACCUCUUCGACGGCCGGACGCCUGUCAAACUCGUAUUCUUGCUGAAGCUCAUUUCCAGGCAAUUGGGGACGCUCUGCGAGCAACGCCUGGAGGUCGAAUGCAAUCGGAGAGGAGCGAUUCGAUGUCUCAUUCGGCAAGGGUACAUCCAGUACGCUCAACGCAUACUUCAAUUGACUGCGGAGGACGUUGAGUCGUAAGAAUGGAUCGAGGAAACUCAGCCGCUGGAGAACUCGAGGGAGUAGUGGGAUCUUGGCAGGGAGGAGUGGAAGUUGAAGGAAACGGGGGGUAGUGUUGUCAAAUUCAACGUUUGUCGCGACCGCAGGACGAACCGCGCGAGGAACGACUCGGCGGAUCACUCGAGCUAGCAUCCUUCUUGCUCUCCCUCACCCCGACCACUCCCAGCACCUUCGAA